UUUGACAUUUUUAGUGAACAGUAACUAGCGUCUCAAUUUUUUUCUUUGUGUACUUUUUGAAGAGACUAAUACAUAAAUUUAUAAAGAAAGAAAACAAAAAAUAGCAAAAAAAAUAUUGAAAAUGGACGAGAUAUGUUUUUGAAGAUAUAUUGAUACAAAAUUGAGAAAAAAUUGCAGAAAAUAAAUUGCAAAGUAGUUUUAAAUGUACGACAAGUGAAUUUAUAAAAUUUUGUGUGUUGGGACAACAAAGUUAAAGUAAUUAAACCGGAGGGAGGAGAUUCACUUUGAAAUUGAAUAUUGAAUACUGCAGCAGUAUAGACAGAAUGGAGCCCUCGGUAUGUAUUCCUGACGAGGCAGAUUUUGAUGGUCAAAAUGCACCAAUGCAGGAAUAUGGUCAGUAUACCACAGUGUACCCGAAUGCUCCACUAUAUGCUACAAAAGGCCCAGCCGGUAUGUCUGUAGGCCGCAUGGGCUCUCAGUGUUCUUAUCGCACCGAUCAUGCCUCGGCCAAAAUACUUGGUUCACAAAGUAAUUUAACCAGUUCGGUGCAGGAGCUCAAUGCCGCUGUUGGUGUACCCACUGAUCAGGGUGCCAUGAUGGCCUCGAAUCUGCGGUACAUGCAGCCAUCGCAAUAUGAGGAGAUGUCGGAAUAUGGCAUUAAUCCAGUUAUUCCGUUUCCCUCGGAAUCGCAAUAUGGAGAAGACACACCAGUAGCGUAUGGCUAUGUUUCGGAAGCCAAUUAUGUUAUGCCUUCGGUAAGUGCCAAACAAAACGCGUAUGUCUCGCGGCCACCUAUGUUCGACGACAAUCGAAAUGGGGCUGAGGUUGCGAGUGCUAUGGGUCUGGCACAGCAGGGCUUUGAAGAUGCCCACGAUUUUCAAAAUAAAAUGUCACAGCUUACGAUUAGUUCGUUUGGCGUCGUCUCCCAACAUAUGCGCAAUGGUGGAAAGGACGAAAUCGUGGACGGUUCAUGCAGCGACAUUUGUUCAACUAUGCGAUGGCGUGAUCCCAACCUAUCGGAAGUCAUUAGUUUUUUAAAUAAUCCAAACAAUGCAAUUAAAGCCAAUGCAGCCGCCUACUUGCAGCAUUUAUGUUACAUGGAUGAUCCCAUCAAACAACGAACUCGUAUUCUAGGUGGUAUACCUCCCCUAAUUAGGCUAUUGUCUUACGAAGCACCAGAGAUUUACAAGAAUGCUUGCGGCGCUCUGCGUAACUUGUCUUAUGGACGGCAAAAUGAUGAAAAUAAACGUGAAAUUAAAAAUGCCGGUGGUUUGGCGGCACUGGUCAAUUUAUUGUGUCGUACACAAGAAUCUGAGGUGAGAGAAUUGGUGACGGGAGUUCUAUGGAAUAUGUCGUCUUGUGAGGACAUUAAACGUUUCAUCAUUGACGAGUGCUUAGCAGCUGUUGUCAGUAAUAUAAUUCAUCCACAUUCCGGCUGGGAUCCAGUAUGUCCCGGCGAAACUUGCUUUUCUACAGUAUUUCGCAAUGCAUCUGGCGUUUUGCGCAAUGUCAGCUCAGCUGGCGAAUACGCUAGAACGCAAUUGCGAAAUUGUGACCACUUGGUAGAAUGUCUGCUAUACGUGGUACGUCAAGCCAUCGAGAAGAACAAUAUUAGUAAUAAGACCGUUGAGAAUUGUGUGUGCAUUCUGCGCAAUUUAUCGUAUCGUUGUCAGGAGGUAGAGGAUCCCAACUAUGAUAAGCAACCAAUUUCAGUACCCACUAGAGCUUUAUCGUCUACUAAGGGUGAAAAUCUUGGUUGCUUUGGCACUAGCAAAAAGAAGAAAGCUCAAGCUCAAUUGGAACAACAGAAUGAAAGCGUCGGUGCCCAGUCUGGUUCAACAAAAAACACAUCGGAUUCUGCGAAUCGAGGACCUCUGAAAGGAUACGAACAUUUGUGGCAGCCCGAGGUGGUGCAAUAUUAUCUGGCUCUGCUACAGAGCUGCUCCAAUCCUGAGACCCUAGAGGCCGCAGCAGGUGCAAUACAAAAUUUAUCGGCCUGUUACUGGCAACCCAGCAUAGACAUACGGGCCGCCGUUCGCAAAGAGAAAGGUCUACCCAUUCUUGUGGAACUUUUGCGCAUGGAAGUCGAUCGAGUGGUAUGUGCCGUGGCUACAGCUUUGCGCAAUUUAGCAAUUGACCAGAGGAAUAAAGAGUUAAUCGGAAAGUAUGCAAUGCGGGACCUAGUACAAAAGUUGCCCUCCGGCAAUCCCCAGCACGAUCAAAACACCUCCGAUGACACCAUAACUGCCGUGUUGGCCACCAUCAAUGAGGUUAUUAAGAAAAACGCUGAAUUCUCUAGGUCGCUACUUGAUGCUGGUGGCGUGGAGCGUCUCAUGAAUAUUACAAAUCAUCGCCAGAAGUACACAUCUUGUGUUAAUAAGUUCGCUAGUCAGGUCUUGUUUACAAUGUGGCAGCAUCAUGAGUUGCGAGACGUUUACAAGAAGCACGGUUGGAAGGAACAAGACUUCCUAACAAAGUUCAUCGAUUCACACAGUGCAUCUGCUCAUUCGCCCAACAACUCGAAUAGUACACUGAACAGGCCUAUGGCAUCACAGGGACGUACACGUUACGAAGAUCGAACCAUACAAAGAGGAACCAACAGUUCCGGCCGCAACAAAGACCAGGAUCAACAAACCCAACAACAGCAGCAGCAACAACAACAGCAACGACCUUGCCAAGACCCACAAAUGCUCCGACAAAUGGUGGACGAAUUCUCAAUGAACGGUGUGGCUGAUGACACUUACCAACGGCCUUCUGCAUACACUUCCGCAGUACCUUUGUAUAUACCCAACAGCGACAGUACCCGCAAUCCGCCUAACUAAAUCAAACAACUUACAAUUACCCUAGCCCAUCACAUAUUAUUGUAUAUACAUAUAUAUAAAUAUUAUAUAGAACGAAAGAAAACAGAAAAAAAAAACAAAAUUUUACUUUAAAAGUGCGCACAUAUGGGGCAAGAAACAUCAACAAACAUCAUCUAGAGUGUAAAUCAAGAGAAAAAACAACAAAACAAACGCUUUCAAAGUAAUUAAUAACAUCAGCAAUUUAAAACAUUUGUCAAAUUUUAUUAAACACAAACACAACAUUAAAAUAAUAUACAAUACAAAUUUAUAUUGCAUAACACGAUUGAAUUGCAAUAAUUAAUAAUUAAAAAAGAAAUCAACAAAAACAAAAGAACAUACUGGCACUUACAGAGCAAGCCGUAUCCCAAAAGAGAAAAAAAACAAAGAAAAACAUUACCAUUGCAUUUAAUAAAACACCCAUAAAUUCUAAAAAA